AUGUCGGCCGGAGGCGAACAUCUCAAAGAUGAGGGCACAAAGCGGCAAACAGUGCUGGCUGGCGGGAUAGCAGGAUUAAUCUCCCGGUUCUGUAUCGCGCCGCUAGACGUCGUCAAGAUCCGACUGCAAUUGCAGGUUCACUCGCUGUCGGAUCCGGCGAGUCAUGAGGCAGUUCAGGGACCUAUCUAUAAGGGAACCUUAUCGACUAUGCGGGCGAUCAUCCGACAGGAGGGUAUAACGGGCCUCUGGAAAGGAAACAUCCCCGCAGAAAUGAUGUACGUCUGCUACGGUGCGCUCCAAUUCACCGCAUACCGAAGCACGACCCAAGCUCUCGCCGAGCUACCCUAUCGAUUACCUCCGUCCGCCGAAUCUUUCGUCGCGGGCGCAGCAGCCGGAGGAAUGGCCACAGCAACAACAUACCCACUUGAUCUCCUCCGCACACGCUUCGCUGCACAAGGCCCCGAACAAAUCUACAAGUCUCUCCGCGCCUCGAUAGGAGAGAUAGCACGACACGAAGGCGUGGCCGGAUUCUUUCGCGGAAGCUCGGCGGCCAUUAUACAGAUAGUCCCGUACAUGGGACUGUUCUUCUCUGCAUACGAGGGGUUUAGACCGAUCAUGGCUAACAUGGACCACAUGCCAUUUGGAACGGGCGAUGCGGCUGCAGGUAUCUGUGCGAGUAUACUUGCGAAGACGGGUGUGUUCCCGUUGGAUCUUGUACGGAAACGAUUGCAGGUUCAGGGUCCCACGAGGACGCGGUAUGUGCAUCGGAAUAUUCCCGAGUAUAAAGGCGUUUUUCGAUCUAUUGGAAUGAUUUUGCGUACGCAGGGCGUGCGGGGACUUUAUCGGGGGUUGACGGUUAGUUUGCUCAAGGCUGCGCCGGCUAGUGCGGUCACUAUGUGGACGUAUGAGCGCGUGUUGCGCAUCUUGCAGGAUAUGGAGGUGGCGGCGUUAACCUGA